GCUUCAAAAUGGCUCGUAAUGUCAAAUGUCAUUUUUCAAAUUGUUGUUUGUUGUAACAAUUGUAACUUAUUUGUGAUUACUGAACAAUUUUAAUCUAAAAAAUUUAUUUAGUUUUACGCAAUAGAGUUACGUGAAUAUUGUUUAUUGAAAUGGCUGCGACCGUGUCCGUUUCAAAGGGUGUUUUUGUCUUCAAAAAUGGGGCUAAAGCAGCUUCAAAAAAAUCCAGAACGAAAGACAAACGUACCCAGAGUCUCUACUGUGAUAGCUUGUGGUAUAAAACUUACAAGUCUUUGUGGGAAUCAAUCGAAACCCAAAUUCAAGAAUUAAAUAACGCCAUGUUUUCCAAUAUCCUUUGUAGUUUAGUAAAUUUUCUCAAAAACUGUUACAAAGACACAGUGAGUGAAAUCCCAGCCGCAGCUUUACUCACUGGCAUAAACAUGCCCGACCAUUCAGUCCAAUUCAAAACGCUCAAAAAAGAAAUCAAACGCUCAAUAACACCACACGUUGUUACUCUCAGUGGCGAGGAUUGCCACAGUUUGAAAUAUCUCGUUGAAAUAAUGGUCAAUCAAUUAGUCAAAAGCGAACAACUUAUAGAUGAGGAUUCUGACUCAGACACGCGCCAGAUUAAAAAAUCACAGUGCAGUUUCACACUUCUCCAGGCCUGGUAUGAGGAACUCUACCAACCUCCAGGAACCGCCAACUCGCCAAAAAAGCAAAAAACCAAACACAAUAAAAACAUAAUCGUUGUUAUAAUCCCCGAUUUUGAGAAUUUUGCCCCGAAAGUGUUGCAAGAUUUUAUCCAAAUCGCGAGCUCGUAUCUAAACGUUUUACCCUUUGUCUUUGUUUUUGGAGUUGCGACGUCCCUUAACGCCGUUCAUCGGUCACUCCCUUGUUACGUUUCCUCGCGCAUUAACAUCCAGGUUUUUCACUCAACUCCCUCCACGGUUUAUUUGAACAACAUAUUGGAGAAUAUUUUAUUUUCGCGCCAGUGCCCCUUUCACUUAGGCGGCAAGGUUUUUAAUUUAUUCACCGACAUUUUCCUAUUUUACGAUCUUUCAGUCAGCGGUUUUAUCCAGAACUUUAAGUACGCCAUGCUUGAGCAUUUUUGUUACGGCAAUGUUAUGGCCCUCUGUCAGAGGAAACACAUCAAGCAAAUUAUCUCCGAUUUCUCGCACGAUGAUCUCGAAAAUGCUCGUCGGUUGAUGUCGUUCCGAAAACUGGUCGAGAGUGAAUCCCCGGAAGCCCGAAUCGCGCUCCUGACUGAUGAUAAUUAUUUCAGAAAUGUUUUGCUGCGGGAAGUGCGCAAAAUUGUGGCGUAUUUGCCGAAUUUGCACUUGUUUUUGAGGUGCUUGCACGUUCUUGUGGGGGAUUUACCCAAAGCGCCUUUGGGGAAACAGGUUCGUGAACUGUACGCGUGUGCCGUUUCACGAAAUAUUACCAAAAGUCAGGAAUAUAAAGAGUGUUUCCAACUACUGGCGUUUCAAUCGAGGGACGAAUUGUGUAACAAAGUGAAAAGAAUCACGGAUUUAAUUGUUAAUAACAGUGAGGGUUUGGAAGUGGGGCGUGUGAUAACCGAUAGGCUUAACCGUUUUUUGGAUAAUUUACACAAUCUUGAUCAGGAAGAAGACGAAAAUGAGGUGGCCCAAGAGGGCAUAAGUGAACUAAUGGGGAGAUUACAACUCAGAGAGAAAUUGCUCCAAAUGUCGAAGCAAAACAAACCGAUGAACAAAUACGAGAAAAUCCGCUCAGGCUUACUCAAUUUUUUGUCCGAACAGUUCGAAAUAUAUUUACAGGAACCGACCGAUUUUCACUUUCACGAAAUUUUCUUCUUUAACGACAUUUCAGUCCAGACUCACAUCAUAGGCUCUCACAGGGCGGCUAUUCACACAGCGCUCAAUGACCCCCACGUUUAUUUACAGUGUCCUUGCUGCGAAAUUGCCACCGAUUCUGUGAUCCUUCCCUCAAUGCCUGACAUCAGUAUCGUCUACAAACUCCACUUAGAGUGUGGGAAAAUGAUUAAUUUGUACGACUGGCUCCAGUCUUUCCUUAGUAUUGUUGACCCACAGGAGACUGAAGACAACCCGAAAGUCAGUCCUCAGUUGCAGGCCCGAUUUACGCAGGCUGUAGCCGAACUGGAGUAUUUGGGAUUCAUCAAGAGCUCCAAAAGGAAGACUGACCAUGUGGCCAGACUCACUUGGGGUGGCUAAUUUUUUCUACCAAUGUCUUUAUAUUUAUUAAAUUUUUCUACCAAUA